UUUUACGUGAUGACGUAUGUGAAAACGUCUAAGACGGAGCGAAAAUGGCGGAGUAUCUGGCAUCCAUUUUCGGCACAGAGAAAGACAAGGUUAAUUGUUCCUUCUAUUUCAAAAUUGGAGCUUGCAGACAUGGAGAUCGCUGCUCAAGAUUGCACAAUAAACCAACUUUCAGCCAGACCAUCUUGAUUCAGAACAUCUACCGCAAUCCCCAGAACAGCGCUCAGACGGCCGACGCUUCUCGUUGUGCUGUCAGCGAUGUGGAAAUGCAGGAGCAUUAUGAUGAGUUCUUUGAGGAAGUGUUCACAGAGAUGGAGGAGAAGUACGGGGAGGUGGAGGAGAUGAACGUGUGUGAUAACUUAGGCGACCAUCUUGUUGGCAAUGUUUAUGUGAAGUUUCGUCGUGAGGAGGAUGCAGAGAAAGCGGUAAUGGACCUAAACAACCGAUGGUUCAAUGCUCAACCAAUCCAUGCAGAACUCUCCCCAGUUACUGACUUCAGGGAAGCCUGCUGCCGCCAGUAUGAAAUGGGAGAGUGUACCCGAGGUGGUUUCUGCAACUUCAUGCACCUGAAACCUAUAUCACGGGAACUUCGACGAGAGCUCUACGGCCGCCGCAGGAAAAGACAUCGCUCCCGUUCACGUUCCAGAGAACGACGCUCCCGCUCUAGGGAUCGACGACGGGACCGCGAAAGACGAAGGUCGAGGGACCGAGAGCGCUCUGGAAGAUUCUGAAAGUAGCCAAGAUGGACCCACCAAAUCCCUCCUUCUCAACCCCAGCAGUGAUGACAAACUUUAUUUUCUUUUUUGUUUUUUUCUUUUUAUUUUUUGGGGUGAAUUGUCAAAAUUGUUCUGUUCUUUUAAUCCCUUUUUUAAAGACAAGCUUGUGUCGCUUUCUCAAUAAAACAGAUUUGUAACUGCA